AUGCAGGGCGACACCAAACCGCUCAACUUGGUCGAAAAGUGCAUAGGGUAAGUUGCUGAAGAUGCCCAUCAGCACCCCGACCGGCGAUUAGAACAUCGUCACUAUAAGCAUAAACAAUUAGAAGGCCACCUAUAGCACGGUCAGUGAAACGUUGGGCAAUCUGUAAGGCAUUUCGGAGACCAAAUGGCAUACGAAGAAAUUCAGACAAGCCAAAAGGGGUUGUCACUGCCGUCUUGGGAAUGUCUUCAGCCACAAUCGUAAUUUGAUGAAAAGCCCGGAUCCAAUCGAUCUUCAAGAAAACGGUAUUGCCAAAGGGCGCCCUGGCAAAGUGCUGAAGGUGAGAAACCAGAUACCGGUCUGCAUGACGAUAUCGUUCAGGGCUCUAUAAUCGCCGUAAGGUCGCCGAUCAUCCGCUUGUGGUUUAGGAACCAUAUUCAAAGGAGAUGCCCAGGGGCUGUUAGACUGUCAAAUAAGCCCUAGUUGCAACAUGUGGUCUCAUUCAGCCUAAGCAGCCGCAAGACGAGUGAACGCAAGACAAGGGGUGCGAGAGAAGACAGGAAGACCAGUUGUUUUUAUGUGGCGAACAACAUUAUGGGGCAAUAAGGAGUCAGAAAAGAAGGGUUUAGUGAGAGUGGGAUAUUUCGCUAAAAGUUUACGAAAUCGACAGUAAAGGUUUGGGUCAAGGACAGAUAGACGGUUGGAAGCUGGGAGUGGGUGAAAACCGUUGAGGGAGAGGGUAAUGGUUCGAUCAUAAAGGCGAAUUUGUCUGUAGUUAACCAUAAGAUCGAAAGCUGUUAGAAAGGCAGCACCAAGGAUAGCAGUAGGAACAUCAGCCACCAUAAAGAUCCGAGGGAGAAGUCGUCUGAGAUCAAUGCCAAGGGAGAUGGAUCGGUUUUAAAAGUCGCGAUGAGGGAUGAGUUUACGGUCUGGAGGAAAAGACUAUGCUUGGGGCAUCGCCGGUCGGCUGUCGUUGGGGGAAUAACAGUACUUUGAGCUCCAUUGCUGUCUAAGAAAAGUCUGCCACUCACGUUAUUACAUAUGUUAAGUGUGAGACCGAUAGAGUUUCCAGAGUGCUUGGCUGCAUUUACGCUUCGGCCAGGGUGUUGCUCUGCGAGGACUUGAAGGAGGAGGACGAGACACAAUGGUGUCUUAUUGCCAAACCUUACAUGAUAACAACAUAGGUUAGCGGUCGUAAGGCGACGACGUUCACGGCUAAAGGAACAUUGAGAUAGGCCGGCAGAUCAGCGUAGCUGCAAAGCGGCAACAGUCGCCGACAAUUGGGCAAUAUGUGACUUGAGCUUGGCCAGGUUAGGGGUGGACGCAGUGAGAGGCUGUGAAACUUGAGUGACCGUCGUGGAUGAAAAAUGCUCGACCUCCAUCAUACGGUCGGCCAUUUCCGCUAGUUGUAAGAUGUCUAAAUCAUCUGAGCCAGAGGUCAAGAUUGUUUGCACUGAUGUAGGCAGACGUUCUAAAAACAUCUCUUUAAAGAACUUAUCGACGAUAGCCAUGUUUCCAACAACAGAACGCAUACGACGUAGGAGAUCUGACGGCUUGUGAUCACAUAAAGCCUCUUCUCUUACGAGUGCGUGAUAACGCUGACGAUCUGAAACUGAGGUCAGGCGAAGAAAUUCAGCCUUGAGCCUCGUAUAAGGGGGAUCACGCAAAAAUGUCUGCACUUUAAAGGAAUGGUAGGAGGAAGAGCCUCGACCAAAUAAUAAUAUUUACCGGUUUCUCGUGAAUCCUUUGCAGAGUAAACCGUUCCCUAAAUAUGGAAGCAAUGAAGCUCUGGCGCAUGUUGUUAGAAGUCUGGGAGGGACAAAACAACUACAUUGAGAAAAGUAGCGGUAUCGUUAAAAUCCGUAGAGGGCAUGGUAGUAGACAGAAUCAAGGAGAACGGACUACAUACAAGCAACAAAUCUGAGUCAACGGAUUAAAGGCGUAAGCGUGAACGUUAAAAGGGCCACUACUAUUGUAAACGCGAAAGGCACGAUUGCCAAUCCCAAACUAUGGAUAUCAGGACAAGACAGGAGUUAUGAAAGAAUUAGUAAUUAUAUGUCAAACGACUUGAUAGUCUAACACAUGUCACGCGCGUCGCCUUGAGCCGAUGUAAUGACCGAGCGAGUAGCGGACGUCGGAUCACGGGUAAUGAAGGAAGGGGAUGAUGGUAGUUUGAACACAGACUGUCCAGUCGAUUGGAAAAUUCGGUCUAAAAGGCCUUGCACUUCAGAGUGGACGGGAUUGGAAUGGACAGGCGUACGGGAUAUAUUAUAGGUAACACAGAUGAUAAAAAGAUAUAAGCUUAUUCGAGCAUGCAAAAAUGGAAAACUAAUAAACUGGACUACGGAAUAACGAAAAAUACGAUGGAACGACUUAUCGGGAGGGUUGAGAGCUAUUCAUCGGCACGUGGCUUCGGAAGCGUAGGCCCUGCAAGGCAAACGGAAGAAGUGUGCCGCUAGUGUCCAGUAAAUUAAAACACUAAAGGUCGGGUCCCUGGUCAGAUCUCCGACUGUUACACCGAGCUCCUUCCAUUCAGACAAAGAAACGGUAAGUUCAAAAUGGUGAACAGGUUGGUAAAUGCAUGAUAGUCUGGCGCCUCGGCACAGAUGGUCAGCCCGAAGUUUGCACAGCCGAAAGCGAAAAGAUUCAUGCUCCGUUGCAUAUCCGGUUUUGUUGCGCUGUUGAGCGCUCGGUCGUCCUCGAAUGCAGGCUGUGGCCAGUAGACGCGGAUAGACUCCUUGGGGUCUGCAUGUUGGCUGUCGGUCCCCCAGAUAAUAGAAUAGAAUAGAAUAGGUUUAUUGUAGCGCCCCUUGGGCACUGUCAGUCCCCUUUGAACUCAGGAAAAAAACCUAAAACAAACUCGUCAAUUUCAACUGCACUUUGACUUCAUUUGCUUCGGGUGUCUGGUUAGCCAAAAGAGCGCGAAUUGAGAGUUUGUUUUAAGUUAAAAAAACCUCAGUUCUAAGGGAAAAUAAUAACAAAAUUUUCAAAAAAUAACGACAUGUACAAUAUAAAAUUGAAGUUUGCAGUUUGGUAGUUUUCGGGGGCAUGAAUAAUAUGUCCUUCAUUGCAAUUGAAGAACUUUGAUAUCGGCCUGACCUUGAAAUUAUUUUCCUGUUGGGUAAAUUUCGGUUUGCUCUAGUGUAACGCCCCUGGACUUGGACAGAGUUGUUCGAAUGAGGUGACACUUUUUGCGCGAGGACCUAGGGUGGAGAUGGCGUAGUCGCGUGUCGGCGAAGAUAACCGGUGUCCCUCCCUCUCUCUUCUGCCGAUCCCUUUCCCCCUCGUCGUACCGUAACGCAACGUAUCGUCCGAACCGCUCGCCUCCUCGCAACAUCGGCACUCCCUCGACCCUUCCCUACAGUUGCCCCCAGCGCUGCGCUCCCCACCGGUUUACUAGCUGGCACGUUGGCAUCGUCUCUCCACCCAGACAGGUCAUUCUACCGAUGUAACCGUCCUACUUGUACUAUUAACGAUUAUUAUACGAUUCCCCGUGCGACCUCGUAUUAUUACACUUUACCUCUUAUUCGACAUGCCUUCUUCUUCUGUGUAUGGAUGUGUAUCAAGGAAUGCUAACAGCUCCGUUCAGGUCUAUCCCGGCCAAGAGUCCUUCUCGGCGUUCCCUUACUCCGGUGUGUGCUACCCUUGACGUCCUCGGCCGCUACACUAGUUGUUGGUUGUCAGUCUAUCUGGCCAGCUGUAAGGGGGCGGUCGCACAGUUCCUACGUAUUUUUCAGGAGGCUUACCAUCGUUGUCUGGACUAAGAGCUGCAAAAGAUGAAUAUAUAUCAGGAGUAAGAAGCAUUCAAUGGUAAGUCACAAUCAAAGCUGUCAAAAUACUAUUGAAUCAUAUUGUUCUUGUUAAUGUGAAAUUAUAGGAGUAGUGGUCGACUGUUUACUAUGACCUAAUAUAGUUCUAUAUAUGUUUAAUAUGGCUUUAAUAUAGACAUACGCACGACUAAUAUGCAGGGUUUUAUCGAAGGGUAUAUUUUUAUUAGCUUUAUAAGGGAUAUUUCGUGUCAGGUGACAUGGCUGAUGAAAACGAGAAAGGGAGGAAAAUAGAAGAAUAUCAUUAUCUGUUCUAUGUUUAUCAAUGUUGCUAUCUUUUAUAAAUUUGAUUAUUUUUAGUGCUAUGUUCCGGUAUUUUUCAAUCGGCUGGCAUCAUCAGAGCCCUUUUGGACCAAAUUCAAUAUCAAAGAAUUGACUUGAAAAAUGUCCUAUCUUAUUCAAAAAUAAAUGUGUAUUGUUAUUUGAAAGGAAUUUCUUAGUUUUUAUUUUAAAUUCGAUUAGGGUUCGACUUUUCCGGAUAUAACCUGGAAGAGAAUUCCAGAUAGUCGCAUGUCUUAUGGUAUAGAAAUUUGAUCGUUGGGACUUUGUGAAUUUGGGAAUCCUUAUAAUAUCCUCGCUAUUUCUGGUGUUUCUAGGGGCGUUUUGGUUGGUAAGUAAAUUCAGUUUGAGAAUAUCUUUAUCGUGGGUGACCUUGAAUAGGAAGUUUAGACCAUUUUGAAGUCGUCUGAUCCAGAGUGGUCGAAGACCGUAUUUAUGAUAUAGUUCUAAGUAUGAACCCUGGAUGCCAUCACUUCUAGACAAAGAUCUAGUAAAUCGUGUCUGAAUGCCUUCUAGUUUCUUUCGGCCGCCUGAGGGCAUUAUGCCGAAGAACAUUGAACAGUAAUCUAGGAGAGGUAAAACAUACAUUUUGAACAGUUGUAUUCUUAGUGCAUUUAAGGUGAAAUUUUUACAUAUGAAUCCGCACAGGCGAGUGGCUUUCGGUGAUAUCUGUUGGACGUGGGGAGAUAGAUCAAGGGUAUUUGUAUAGCUGAGACCUAAAUCUUUUACAGAUUGGGUCUCUGUUAUUUCAUUAUCCUCGAAUAUUAUGGGGGGAAGUUUUUGUGGGCCAAAUAACAGGAGAUGGCAUUUUUCGGGUGAAAAGGGCAUCUGCCACUGACUACUCCAUUCGCUGAGUUUUCUGAGAUCAGUUUGAAUUGUUCUAUGAAUAUUGGCGACUGUAUUCCCGUUAUAUGCAUAUGCAAUUUUAAGGUCGUCCGCAUAUAAAAACGUCUUAGCUGAGACAGAUAUGGACGAUAAGUCGUAAAAAUAUAUAAGAAAUAGAAGGGGGCCUAGGAUAGUGCCUUGAAGUACUCCACUGGUAAUAGGGGAUGGUUCUGAAACGACGUUUCGAAUUUGCACCACCUGGUAUCGGUUUUGAAGAUAAGAUUUAAGAAAAUCAUGAAGGGGUGGCCUAAUUCCAUGACUUUUUAGCUUUAUCAGUAGUCUUUUAUGGGGGACUUUGUCAAAGGCCUUUCUUAGAUCGAAGUAUAUUGAAGCUACUGUGUUUCCAUCAUCUCUAUUGCUGGAAACGAAUCCCAAGAAAGUAAGGUGGCAGGACUGACAUGACUUUUUGGGCAAAAAUGCAUGUUGAGAGGAGGGAAUGAGGUUGGCGUUCAUGAGAUGGUCUAGCAAUUGGUUAUAUACUAUUUUCUCGAGGAUUUUAGCUAUAGCCGGUGUUCGGUGAACACCACGAAUGCUGAUCCCAUUAUGCAAUUAACGGUAGCGUCUAUCAGCAGAUCAAAGAGCAUGGGACUGUAGACAGUGUGGACGAGUGCGCAGGCCUGCUUCACCCCAUUUGUCGCUGAGAGUGCUUUUGAUACUGUCCCGUUUUGCUGAUGCAAGUGAGUCUUUUGGCGUCGUGAUUGACAAAAAGAUGUCCUUCUCCUUUCCGAUCGUAUAGGCGGAUGCUGGUCGCAUUUUCUGAAUCCUAGGAGGCUUGUGCUUGCCUAAAUCUCCUAGAAUAGCGAUGUGGAUAUGUCCAUCAGCUGAGGUCCCCAAUGAUCGUAAACUUCGGGCGAGAUCGCUUCAGACCCUGGUGUCAUCCCCCUUGGCCAGUUGGUCUGAGGCGUUGACUGGUUCUGAGAGUGCAGACGGUCGGCCCAGGGCAUUAUGUGUUUCCACCAUUGGGAGUCCGCUGAUCGCUGCGUCGGAGUUCAGGGAUGGGUUGUCGAGGGUAAUUUGGAAGUUCUUGACCCAGAGACUCAGAAUUUGCGUUUUCUAAGUGAGGCGUUUUGUUACAUUGGGAUUGUGAGGUACCGCGGUUUCUUUGGAUGUUAUGUUGUUCACCGGUCUGAUUGGUGCAAAGAAGUUCUGGAUCCCAUUGCGGUACGCGCACACUUGAUUUCUUCAGCCCUGAGAUCAAUUCGGCGCCAUGCAUCUCCCAUGGCCGUUGUUGAACAAGAGGGUGACAUGUAAAACGGCGCUUUGUUUGCGCCGGUCUGACGGUCGAUGCAGGCUUUGUGCGGCUUAUGCUGCUUUCGCGUCGCUGUCGUUAAACCAUUUAUGGUAUUGACGGCGUGUGCGACCCAGGACGUUCAGAGAGGUGGUGCGGAUUGUGAUCCGCAGUUGAUAUCGACGAGUCUCCGCGGUGUUGUUGUCCACGGCCUGCAGUAAUCUCGGUCAUUAGGUCAACCGAUUGCUUAAAUCAAAGCCAUGAACAGUCAAAUUCGGCAGAACAGUACUAACUUCACUGACGAUCGCGCGCGUCGUGGUCUUCGGCAAUGUUGCAAUGGGAUCUUCACCAUAAAUAUGGGAAGGCGGUUUUCCGUCUAGGCAUCGGACCCGCGGGUAGCCUUGGUCUUGAUCUUGCUUCCAGAUGAGAACGCAGUCCGGCGGCCGUUAGUGCUAAAAUGGUAGGUGAGUGAAAGUGAUCUUUCCCUGCGUGUGAAGGCUGGAGAAUGUGUUUGUUGACGGGAGACCAUGCUCAGUGCAGAUUUUCGGACGGAGGCCGUGGUUAUUGCAGUCACCAAGAAGAUGGGAUCGCAGCGCCCCUCCUAGACAGCAAGGUUUAUCCAGAUGUGCGCACUGAAGUCAUCAGGGACAACCAACUUUUCCGCCUUCGACACCGUCACCGGGGGCAUGCAAGAUGUCGCCGAAUUUUAUCAUCGCCUCGCCGGGCUGGUCAUCAGAGAAGGGUAGCCGUCGGGGACGAUGACGAAGUUGGCUCCAGGAAGAGGUAGGCACGGGGUUCCGAUUCGGUCGUUGGCGCCAUGCGUCAAAAAGGUCAUGCACCCCAUCAUGUCGUUACGGAUGACAAAGGCAACACCAGCAUCUCGUGUUCUGUCCUUGGGUGGCCGCUCUGGAAUAAGGUAUAGCCUCCACUCAAUUCAUUGAUCUAGUCAGCAUUUGAGUGGGACACCAUUUUAAACUCUUUUUCAUGAGAAAGAAAAUGGUGCUGUCCCUAAAUAGGUCUGUUUGGGUAUCCUAAACGGCUGCCAAAUUCCACUUUGGGUCAGAAUUUGGUUCAAUGGUUGGGCUGCCCAAGAUUUUUUUGCUGCUGUUUGUCGCCCUAACCGAUAUGAUCAUGGCCUUCAGGAUCGUCCGAGGGCUAGACUGUGCGCUUCAGUUUGACGAUUUCUUCGAACUGGCGCGGACGACAAAUCUUCAAGGGCACCAAUACAAAUUGAAGACGAAAUAUGCCAAACUCGAGUUGUGGGCCAAAUUCUUCUCCCACCGGCUGGUUGAGGGCCGGCACAAAUUGCCGAACUCCGUUGUCCUAGCGGAAAACGUCGAGACUUUCAAAAGAAGACUAGAUAAAUUUAUGCUUGAUGGUCAAACAUUUACAUGAUAUCAAUGACUGGCAUAACUGCUAUGUAAAUAUCUGCAUGUUUUUUAUACGUCUAUCUGUAAAUACGGUUUUCCAAGGCUCUGCCUCUAUCCCUCAUAUAUACUGAACUAUACUGAAAUAGGGACGCGCGAGUGCUCGAAGCCAAUCAACGCUGUCCCCACUAUGAUUGGCUGGCGGACGUGAAGAUAACGAGGGGCGCACACACGCGCAGACAACACCUCGAAGGGGGACACAGACAACAGCUUGCUUGGAGCGCGCUCGCGGCGACUGCCUACAGAGCCCUUGUGUACGCACUUUCUCAGGCAGUAAAGGUUGUCCAACUCAAACCGUCUUCCCUGACUUUUGAUUGGGAAUCUUUAUAUUGUCGACCACACUACAUUCGACAGGGAAAAUGGUAUAAGGAGAAGCAUUGCCGGACACCCUUAUCUGGCUUAGCCCACCAGUUGAGGCAUUUACAGAUAGGCAAAGUCUAUCUUCCUUGGCCGCCGAUGAGAGUUGUGUGUUAGUUAAGGGAUGUGCGGAGCAGUCGCUACUUUCAUGAUUCGAUCUACUACAGCAGCACUAUUUACCUCCUAAUUCGACAAGUCUAUAAUCCAACAACGACAUACCCACAUACAGAUAAGCUCCGAGAACUAAAAAUACAAGCACGUUUGAUGCAACGAGCAGGAUUUCGCACAGUCGUUCACACAAAAGAAAUGGGGAUGCAGUACCCGCAAAGCAUGAAACAUUUUUCUACUGUAACUUACAGAAACGACCGGAAAGGUGUCUUCCGGAAGAUAAUCACGCCAACGCGGCAAAUUGUCGGUUUUAUACUUUGCAUGUAUAGAAGUAAGGUUACUUCGGUCCAUCAGUAGGCUCGGGAUGCUUCACAUUGCCUUUGAAGUUUUAUUCAGUUUAUUUGGUAAGAAUAAUAGGCAAACCCUUCGAAAUCCGUAUUGAUUACAUGCCAGCUCGUUAGAAAUAAGUGUACACGAACAAUGAAAAUAUUCGCUAUUCAAACGGUACUUGAUUAAUUUGAGUACCAUAGUCUUAUAGAAAAAAAUUGCGGGAUCGCGGGGUAGUUGGUUCAGAUUCAGACUGUCGAGGUAAAACGGAGACACAAAUAAUCAUCCAGGCGUUUCUUGAAGGGUUGCUGAGACGUCGCCUCCACGACUGACUGAGGGAGGUCGUUCCAUUUCUCCACUACCCUCUGCGUGAAAAAUUCAGAAUGAAGAUUCAGCCUGGACAUUGUUCUCCGUACCUUCAUCGAGUGGCCACGAAGAUUGGAUGAAAGGUGCCACUGAAACAUGUUCUCGAAGCCAAGCCUAUGCUCAAGGCCAUGUAUUAUCUUGUAGACGAGGAUAAGAUCACCUCUUUGCUGCCUGUAACACAGAGGCAAUUCAGUCUGUGUAGGAUGGGCUUUCUAGACCGUUUUGGAGUUUUGAUGCAUGACGUUGUACCCGUUCGAGGCAUGUUUGGUCCUUUACUUGCCAUGGCCGCCACGCUUGUAGGCCAUAUUCUAAGUAAGGCCAAACACAGGUACCGUAAACUCUCACAAAAAGUUCGUGGUCAAACGACACGAACGCCCUUUUGAUUGCAUGGAGCACUCCCAUGGCGUUUUUUGCAGGCCUGUGGCACUGAAGUUUUGGUUACAGGUUGCUCUGUAUCCAAACAUCGAGAUCCUUCUGUGAAGAUUCUGCGUGUUGUCCUUCAUCAUUUAUAUGCAUUUCGGUAGUUGGGGAUGAGGUUUUCCUACCUUUACCCUUUCGUCGCAGAUUGCGCAGACUUUAUCGUCGUUUACAUCUUCAGAACGAUGUUUCUGUCCUGCCCUUGAUUUGUGAUAUUUUUGAUCGAGCUAAGAGAUUGUCUGAAGAAAAAGAGCUAGCCGAAGAGGUCCAGUUUACCGAAAACCAUUCCUUAAAUGUCUCGAAACUUUUCUCUAGAAAAAUACGAACUCAUAGAAAGACGCAGCAUCCCAUCCUCCGAGACGCUCUCGGAAAUCCCAUAGUUGAUGCCCAGUUAACCGCUGAUAGCUUCAAUGAUUUCCUGUCCAAAACGUUCAUUGAAUAAUCCACCACUCCGCUUCCGACCAUCCAGCCAUUGACCGGGACAGUUCUAGAAACUAUAAGUUUCACUCUGUGGGAUGUGACUGUUGCGAUUCGGCGUUUUCGUCAAUCUUAUAGUCCAGGCCCUGAUGGUGUCCCAGUAAGCAUUUUAAAAGCCGAUGCAAACACGAUCUUCCCAUCCCUCUUAUGCAAGAUAUUUAAUCUUGCUCUUGAAACUGAAACCUAUCCUACCUUGUGGAAGGAAUCACACAUUUUGCCCAUUCCUAAGCACAGACAACCUACAUCAUUUGAUGACUUUCGGCCAAUAAACACCCACCCCACAGUUUCGAAGAUCGUAGAGACAUUGAUCAAGGAUAAGAUGAUGUGUCACUUAAUAGUGAAUAACCUACUGAGUGCUGCUCAGCAUAGAUUCCUCAAAGCUCGGUCUUGUGACACCUGUCAACUCUCUUUCUUUGACUAUGUUCUCCAAUCUAGGGACAAUGGUUUUGCUCUUUACACUGUAUAUUUCGAUUUCACUAAGGCUUUUGACCGUGUUGACCAUGCUCUUCUUCUCGUGAAACUGUCCUCUUUCGGAAUAGGUGGCAGACUUUUGAAUUUUAUAUCCUCUUACCUAGCACUCGUACACAACGCGAUAAGAUUUCCAAUACCAUCUCCAACUCCACACGUGUGAGGAGUGGAGUCAUUCAGGUUAGUGUACUCGGCCCGCUUUUAUUUUGCCUUUUCGUUAAUGAUGUACCCGAUUUAUUUCAGAAGGGUAAGCCUUUCGUGUAUGCCGAUGAUCUUAAAGUUGCAUAUCGAUAUAAGCCGGCAGAUCGUGACAUCGUGCUUGAGCUCCUAAAGAGCGAUCUACAGGCUUUCGCCCAGUGGUGCCGCACAUGGCGCCUUUCUCUUUGUUGGCAUAAGUGCUCAGUCAUGGUGGUUGGCGACGACCACCAACCUCAACUAAAUAUUGAAGGUCACGCCAUAAAUGUGCCGAGAGUUAUUAAGGAUCUGGGCAUAUCAUACUCCAAGAGUCUCACUCUCUCGGAGCACUGUGCCUUGAUAGUCUCCAAAGCUCGCAGAACGACCGGGUUUAUCCUCCGAAACUUUAAAACUAGGGACAUCAGAAUGCGCCUUUUCAACAUGUACGUUAGACCUGGCCUGGAAUACUGUUCGUUUUUAUUUAGCCUCAUGCGUGCUACUGAGCGGAAGAAAAUAGAAUCCGUUCAACACUUUUUUACCAAGACAAUUUUAACCCCGGAACACCGACAUUCGUCUUACCAAGAACGUUGCCGGCUUACAGGUCUUGAUCCUUUAUGGUUCCGUAGAUUACAAAAGGGACUAUUUUUGCUAUUUAAGCUCUUAUAUAAUCACACAUUUAACCCACUCACCUCUUUAAGAUAUCAUAUCCACCCUCGACGUAACAGUCACCGUGAGGUCUUCUUAUUUCUGCCUCUGGCACGUACUGUUAAAUAUCGUCGGUUCUUUUCUGUAAAUGCAAUUGCUAUUUGGAAUAAACUACCCGUGAGUGUGAAAACUCUGCAAAAUUAUCCUUUAUUUAAGAGAACUAUUGCUCGAUUUUUGCAUUCAGAAAAGCUUCCUGAAAUUUUGGGUGCUGAAUCUACUGAUCGACUCUACCUAGGCGAUGGCGUUUGUGGUCUCUGAACACUAUGGCCGGUCUCACCAGCUGUUCCUCAACGCCUCUACUUUGACUAUCCUCAACUUCAUGAAAGGAAUUGACGUCCGAUAAUCUCCGAUACCGUGUAAUCCCCUCCCCCCCCCCCUUCUUGAACGUCGAAAACUUGUCGCCAGCUGUUAUUUUUCUCCUGAACCCUCCAAACCAUAAAAACCAAAAUCAACUAUAUUUUUAUUCUUCAGGAGUUUUUUUUCACUGCUGGUCGGAUUUGUGUUUAAUCGCUUCUCUUGACAAUGCCUGUAAACUGGCAUUUAAUAAAUUAAAUUAAAAUUAAAAUAUAUGCAUAUUAACUUUUCGCAGCCAUUUAAAUCAUAUCUGCCCAUUCUGUCUCUUCUGUUGUGCGCCUCUGCCUAACUUCAACGGAUUUCCUUUUAAUUUAGUUCAGUUUAUUAAAGGAAAAAUGCGUGAACCUCUGAGUACCCUAUUUGCAACGUAAAAUUGGGUGGGAUUUGCAGAGAAAUUAUCUGGGUUGAAAUAAUUCAAACAGGCCUAUAAUGGUAUAACAAAAUGCGAGUGAGUCUUAGGGGAUAUGCUCGAUCUCUCAUCGCUCUCCCAUCGCUCAUUGUAUUUGUAUUUGAAGGGUUGGAGACAGAGUUCUUGGAGACCCUAUUUAUGUAUAAUGAUUUCGCAUAUUCGCACUCAAAAUAAAGCUGAAAACACUAGGAAUGCAUUCGUCUCAUGAUAGAAUUGCAAUAUUAAGAAAGCCCAUCCGUCUACUGUGAGUCAGUUCGGAAAGACCGUGUAUGACAAAGUGUUUUACAAGGCUGGUUGUAAGUAUUCAUGUUGCAAAAGUCGGUUUUUUUGAAGAUUAGGUGAACAAGUUUUUUUGUUAACAUAAGAAUUGUGUCGGCCAUCAUCAUCUAACUUGGUAGCCAUUUUUGUGGUCGGACAACUCGUUAGCUGAAGGCGGACGUCCCACGGUCUAACCGCGUGCGUUCGCCCUUGACUUUGUUAGAAUGACCACGUAAUUGAUUUGUAUUGGCGCACACAAAAAAGUCCCCCGCUCUCAGUGAACGACCUUAGUCAUGGACAACCUGGAAUGUACAGAGAAGACGUCCAUUUAGCUCCCUAUGGGAUAGAGGAAAUAAACCAAGUACAUUCAGCCGCCCCUGUUACGACAAGUGAUGUAGACCUUCGACUAACUUCGUUGCUACGCAAUGCACUUGUUCGAGUAAGUCAAUAUUCUUCUUUAACCAUCGCGAAGCUGUUGGCACUUCUUAUUCCAGGUGGAAAUAUUUUAAUGCACAUAUGAUUCAGUGUAAAGUACUAGUUGCCUUCUAGACCAUCUUCCUGCAGUGUUCUGAUGGCAUUAGAUUUGUAGUCGUCCAUACAUCCAGAUCUCUGUGUCUUGCUAUAGUUCAUAAUGCUGUCCCGUUAAUAAAGUACUUAUGUUUGGGAGAGGUUUUUCGGCUGGUGUUUAAGUGCAAGACCACGCAUUUGGACACAUUAAACUUCAGAAGCCCUCUGUCUGACUAAACGCUCAGUUUGUCGAUGAUCGAUUGCAACUACUUUGCGUAAUCACCGCACAUGACUUCACUCCAUAUUUUUAUAUCAUCCGCAAACAUGAAAGCCUCGUUAUCUAGUUCGCUGACGCAAUCAUUAACAUAAAUUAUGAACAGUAUUGGCCUGGAACAAAACCCCUUGUGACACCACUUUUCACCUUGGCCCAUUCCGAGGGAGAGUUUACAAUAUCGACCUUGGAUGACAGAAAAUUCAUCCAGUUAAACGUUCUUCCUUGAAUACCUACAUUCCAGAUCUCCUGUAAAAGGGGCCUACGUUAGGCACUAUCAGAGGCCUUCUUGAAUUCAAAGAAUAUAGCAUCCACUGGAUAACCCUUAUCGGUAUUCGUUGUCCAUUUCCUGUGUAAGUAAAAAGCACUCGUAAGGCAGAAGCGACCUGGACGAAGACAGUAUUGGGUAUCACACAAUGCGUAAAAUUCGUUUGCUAGUUCAAGUAACGCGUAUAAGCCUAAAACAGAUUUAGGUGUAUAAAAGGUACUAUUGGUAGAACAGGGCAAUAACGAAAAACGUACAAAACUCAACAAAGGGCAACCUAGCUAAAAAAUUCCUUUGUCACUGUUUGCACAGAUCAGAUUUCCAGCUAAUGGUCAGGACAUAAAACUAGAUGAUUAAAAGGAUACCGAUUAUGCUCGAAAGAGGGUUACAAAAGGGGAAAGUUGAGUGUUAACGAAGGCCAAUAAUGGGAGCACUUGCGAAGAGGACGUGGAGAAUCUCAAAAGUUGACCAACGGGAUGCAACAAAAUAUUUUCUUUUUUCCAGGUAUUUCAUUAGAUGACCUACGAUGGCGCGCUCCAAUUUUACAUGCCGCGCAAGUAUGGCCGACGGGACGACAAUAUUCUCAGUCAAGUCGUGAACCCCCUUUAUGGGUCGGAGUGUUGUGUGCGCACUGCCAUUCUUCCGGGAGCACGCCUUCUUCAAAUGACUUUUCAAAUAUUGAAGACAAUGGUUCGCACAGUUCAUUAGCAAUCUCACGAGAUCCUAAUGCGGGAAUUCCAUCCGAGCCAGGCGAUUUAGCAGGAUUCAGUCGGAGUAGUUUGACUCUAACUACAGCCGAUGAAAAUUGCGGUCCCUGGAUUGAGGAGAGUAGGGAGGGGGCAAGAAGUAAAGGGGAGUAGAAAGGCACAUUAGUUGGCGAACGGUGGAGGGGCAAAUAGAGAAGGAGGUUCUCGAGUGAAGACGGACUGAAAAAAAUUAGAAAGGAGGGCCUCUUUAACCUGGUUAUCAGUCUCCAGUUUUCUAUCUGCAGACCUGACAGCAGGGGUGAGUUCCUGAACUCUUUUAGUACUUCGUAUAUAGCUGUACAUCAUUUUUGGUUUCUCCAACGAAUUUUGUUGCAAGUUCAAAACGGAUUUCCUUCGCAGUCUGGAAGCCUCGCCUUUAUGUGUAUAUGUGUGUAUAUAUGUGUUGCGUUGCUGCAUAUAUUCGCGUAAGUGGUCUUCGGAACCGGCUAAACUACAGCGCCUCCAAAGGCUUUUAUUUUUUGAAAGAAGCCUUUAAGUCCGAGUCUGUUCACUCUGGGCGGUUUGCCAUUGUCUUUCUUCUGAGUGGACAAUUGGAAUAAACAAUCUCUUUCAGUAAGGAACUGAAAGUCUUGCAAUUCUCGUUUGCUCCACCAUUCAUUUCUGUCUCCCAUGAUUUCGCUGCCGCUUCUCUACUGCAGAAAGAAUAGUCCCCCUUCCGAAAUGUUUCUCUUCUACGUAUCCGACCAAAUUGGUUUAGAAAAGAGUAAAUACUCGAUGUACAGCCUAGUGCGGUCGCUUGACCCUAAUAGUGGUCUGUCCUGCAGGUUUAAAACAUUUUCCGCCUCUUCGGUAGAAAUAAGGUCGAGGCAGUUUAAUUGAAGUCCUUCCCUAGCCUGCGUUCUAAAGGUAACGGCCUGACAGUGAAGUUCGUUCGUUGUCCACUGUAGUAGCUUGAGCUUUAAGUUGUCUUGCGGCCAUUGCGCAGUCCAUGUUUGUCAAUCAAUGCCAGGAACGUUAAAUAUGUAAUUAUAGGUACACCUUUCCUCUUACUAGCUUUAUACGGUUAGCAGUUUUUUCUCCUGAACCCCCCAAACCAUAAAAACCACCCUCAUCUUCAUUUUUAUUUCUUUUCGACAGGAGUUUUUUCACUGCUGGCCGGAUUUGUGUUUAACGCUUCCCUGACAAUGCCUAUAAACUGGAAAUUAUUAUUAUAAGUAUAAAAUCGUGGUCAGAAGUCUGGUUAGGCGGGCGGCACACCACCGAAAGUGUCAGUGAUCGGACAUACUUAGCUGAUAUGGUGAUGUCUGAUAGUUCUAAUCUCGUACAGGAUAAUGUGUCUCAACCACAGCCGUCCACUUGCAAGUGACAUUUGUCAUGACUCCUCUUCCUCGGCAUGGUCUAUGUCUCCUGAAUUGCCGUUAUCCCCGUAAGCGAUAUAUGUGAAUCUGCGGAAUUUUCAGAAAGCCACGUUCAUGUGAAAGCCAUAAGGUCUGGCUAACUUCACCAACUAAGUCUCUAACAUCGUCUAGUUUGAUGAAAAGGCUUUUUAUAUUUGCGGGAAUGACCUUCAGAAGCCCGGCCUGAAUUGUGUCAGGUUUUGAUUAUGGGAAAACUCCUCUGAAUUAUUUGGCCAUUUAUGAUGUUCAGUUCAUUCUCUCAUCUGCCAAUACCCUCCCUCAGUUUUGUUUUCAGUUCCUUCAUUUUCAGCCUUUUUUCUCAGUUCGCAGUCCCGCUGAAAAAAAAACACUUUAGUUUAUGCCAGAUCCGUAAGGCCAUCCCUAUUCCAACAGAGAUGCAGCCUGUUAAGGUUCUUUUUAAAGAACCUCGUAACCUGAUACUAAGCGUUGAUAUUAGACAACCGCAUUUUAGAUCAUCUAGUAUAUGUAGUUUUCGAUAAUCUGAAAUGGGAAGCAAAUAGUCUUUUCUAACAUGCCUAGGAUUUUUUAGGUUAUCUUUAUCCGUUUUAAACAUUACUCGGUCUCCGCGGCCCUCGAGUCAUCAGAAUUGUCGUCCGACAUUAAAGUCCAACCUUAGCAUCCGACAAGAAACAACCGGUUUGCAGAACACAACCACAUUCAUACCUUACCUGUAAUUAGACAUUUAACGCACCGUUUGCAUGCAUGCAAUAUUCCUGCACCGGUAUCACGCAAGGGAUCCUCUGUGUGCCGCACUCGGCCUUUUAUGUACAAAUGAUUUUCCGGCAAGUUUACACCCGUAGUUCUUCAAAUCGUUAGAUCUUGUGCAGCGAUUUUACGUUUUCCUGUCUUUAUAUUUUUUAAUUUUAUUUUAGUAAACCCCGUUGGUUUGUUGUAAUUUCAUUUCCAUUCCCGGUUCUUCUUCUUACCAUUAUCCAACAUCCCUCCUGCUUCCUUUUUAUUUACCUUCGGGGAAUUUUUGCAAUUCAGCUUAGCGCCCAUCCAGGGAAGUUCUUUGCAAAAAUUGUACUAAAAUAAAAAGGAGCAUAAAUAACAUGCCCUUUGGCCAUUUUUGGGAAAAUUGAAAAGCGUCGACCUAUUUUCUGCAGUCUCCUGCGCCCAUUUGAUCACAGGCCGGGGUAGUCUGGAAGACGAUGAAACGCAAGCUUCCCUCCGCAGAUAAUGAACAAAUUUUAUCUAAACGGCGCCACACAUGUGACACUGAAAAAUCACUUGGAGCUACCGUCCUAGAUUUUUCGGAAUUUAUGUCUUCCUUAACGGCACGAGCACCAUGCGUCUUGAGCAAGCCGUCCAGUUUAACCCCUAGGAAAACUGCUCCCUUAUUAAAGAGAAGACCGCUCGUCGUUAAUAGGGCCAUUUUGAACAGCCCCCUUCCAGGAGAUGUUGGCACCCAAGAGACGAAGCCCCAUGAGCUAUCGCGUACGCCUAACUGUGCACUCACACCAGCGGAUAAAUGUUUUUGUAACGUCCUGCAGAAGUCUGGUGUCGAAAUUUCUUCCAAGUCUUUGGAAUUUUCGAAGGUAUUGUGGAAGCUUUCUUUCUUACUUUUAGUUUUAUGGUAAUUUUUACAGAAAGCACAGUACGAGUACCCCCUCCGCACCCUCGAAGUCUGACAUCGGAGGUCAGUAUAGUGCUCUUCAUAGUUUUUGACGUCUUUUGCAACCUGCUCUGUUCAAGUAUUGUACGAUUUUGCGUAGAUCUUUCUUUGUAGUUUACGUGGUCCUUUAUCGUCUUUCGAUUCGUUUAACACCUGUUCUUGCGUUGUACAUGUGAUCAACACUGAUUUAUCUAGCAUUCCAACGUAUUUCAGGUAGUACAAUAACCCUUCUUAACAAAUCUCUCAACUCACCCCUGGGAAUCCCACAGUUAUUUGGGACUUAUUCUUUCCAUUUUCGUCCCCAGGAUGCCAACAGCUACGCGUAUACGCCUACGUAGGCUUUAUUGUGCUCAAACAAUUAGUAAAUGCGGGAGAUGAAUCACGGCGUUUUUAUUAUUUCUGCUAAAAUUGUCGAAAUGCCUCGAGGUCUUGACCGCUAAGCGAAGUAGGAAGGAAUUCGUGUAAUUGUUCGCGCAAGCCAUGCGGAUUCACGUUUUGUCUCUUAUUGACUUCGUGACCUUUGGCUUUUAUACCACAGUGAAAUAAGCGUCAUGUCUCACUGUACUUAGCGAGUUGCCUCAACCGCCCGUUCUUCGAGCGUUGCUUAAAUUUAACAGUCAUUUGUAUUUGUAUUUAUUCGUCCUUCUUUAGCGACUUUUCGCUUUUUCUCAUUGUAUUAUGCCGAAUCUGCUGGUAGUUUCACCUGUCACUGUUCAUCUGAAUCUAAAAAUUACGUGUACUGGUUUGGUACAAAUAAGAAGCGGGAUACCAUGAACUCCAUUCGAGAGCCUACUCAGGCGGACGCAUAAUCAUAAACGACUCUUAUUGUCGAGGUUUUACCUAAGAGAAGCUUAUUUUGGUGCCGUGGAGGUCAUUUGACCGAAUGUUUUAUCAGCUGGCUGAUGACAGUAGAGCAACCAGAAACGAUCUCUUCGCUGUCUCAUGCCCUGGUCGAUAAAACUUCCCAAUUAUUCUUGCUGAAUAUCAGAUAGUCAGGGCUAAAGACCGAACCGGAGUGUUAAUAUCUUGUUCUGCAGUCGAUCUACAUCGAUGAACGCGAUUUUGAUGUGACUUGCGGUGUUAUUGGUCGCAGCCAGCUGCUCAUGAGCACUUGACCUAAAUUACUGGACGGUUGCCUCAGUAUACAGCGGUUGGGGAUUUUGGUUCCCAAAUGUCUUAGAUCUGACUAUCUGACGACGGUUGAUGGAUCAGAACUAGCAUUGCGAUGUUCCUUCGAAUUUUUAAACCGUUAUCGUUGAUAUUAUCGGUCAUUUCUGAAGCCACACCCAUAAACUGCGGGAGAAUAUGUUUUUCCUGUCUGUGAUAGAAAUAGGUAUGUCCCAUCCACACAAUUUCACGCUAAUCGUUUUCACUAAUCCCUGCAGAUGCUGUCAUGCUUAGCUCCUCAGCAGCAUGUCCCUUCUUGUGGGCUGAUCGCUACGCUCCAUCAACAUUGACUAGCAUGCUGCUUGACUCUCCCGACAUUGAAAGUCUUGUUUCAUGGCUGUCGUCGUGGGAUAGCGAUUCCAAGGUUUCUGGUAUGUUUAAGACUUGAUUCUUUGUUAUUGAUAUGAAAUGCUCCCGUAAGUAGGCUGUCAUUUUCUUUUCUGGCCGGACUGCACGUGCCAAUUAGGCGAAGUAAGAUGCUGUCGACUGUUUCAGUCGUCGUCGACCAACAACUUACUGUUCAUGUAACGUUUUGGAAGAACUUUUCACUAUAUAUUUUUUGAGUACUCCCCGUUGGCCAGACAGGGAUUUCAUCAGAAGCAUAUAGCUAAAAAUGCCCGCCAAGCACGCGCGAAGUCCCAGAUCGCAUUAAUUCCUGUUUAGCUAUCACAUUACCAGCUUUUUAUUCCAACAUAACCGAGAUCAUCGGUUCGCUUCCUCUUCUGCUUCCUUUUAUUCUGACCACCUAAAUUCCCAGAUGAAUACUAUUUGGCAAUGCAUAUUCUAGAUGGCUCCACGCAGUAGCCUUUCAUUUGGUGUGUUUUACAAAUUCUUUAUAUUGGUCAUUUGUCAUUUUCACUUUUCAGAUGUCAUCUGCGUGGAUGAUUACGAUAGUGAAGACGGCUCCCCCUGGUAUCAGCCUGCCAAAAGGACAGAACCGAACUCUCACAGACCCGCUUAUUUUGACUUCUGUCCUAGUGAAGACAGUUCUGACUCCUCCGCAUCAACCAGAUCUUGGCGGUCCACUGCCUUUCUGGUUUUGGGCCCUUCCGGCUGUGGAAAGACGGCUCUUGUGUAUGCUUUGGCUGCCAAAUUGGCAUUUAAGGUAUUUUUCUGCCUAUUUGCCUCUAUCUUGCCCCCCUUUUGCUAUACUUUCUUAUUCUCUUGUCUGUGUAGAUUUGCGAGGUCCAUUAUUUCCCAAUCUGCCCGAGGGUUUGCGUAAAAUCCAUCCUGUUUCGCGAUUCCCUUUCAUGGAAGCUCAUCUGUUUCUCUUCACCACGCUCCGUUGUGAAGCUGUUUAUCGUUGUUUAUUCCUAUUGGGUGGACUUUCGUGUUGUCCUUAUGAAUUUUCCCCUCGGUUAUUCUCCAAAAACUAACUUAGAUGCAAGGAUAAGCAUCAAAAUUGCCCACAUAAUAGCUUGCGCUUAACACAUCUUUCUGAUGUCAUAGAAGAAGCAACCACAAUUGGUCGCGGAUUGUGUUUAUUACUGGUUUUCUAUUUUAGGGCUAGGUAAGUCGUUUAUGGUCCCAUUUUUAACUCUGAUGAUAGUCUCAUUCCACUACUGCCCAAUAUAGGCAGCUCUAAUCUUUUAAGUAAGCGUACGAAAUGGUCUCCCGAUUUGUACUUUUUACCGCUCUAAACCUCAGUCUGAACAGGCACGUCCACUACGGCAACCUCUAUAGAUUUUUCAAAAGGUCAACUUUUUAAAUACUUUUCCUAUCUCAGUACCUAGCGGAAAACUUUCAUCUGCUUGAAAGUAAAUCUCGAAGACUGGAACAUCCACCUAUGAAGGUUCGCUAUUUUUACAUCCCAUUAAAGUUGAAAUCUGCCAAAACACCUCUGAAAAUAGAAGUUAUUAUCGCCCCCCUGCUCUGCGCCACGGAGCAGAGAGGUGGACUGACCGCUGCCCAAGUGCUUCUUGCCGAGUCGGAUCAAGUUAAAAUGUACUAGGGCAUCUGGUUUUAUCUCGUCUUUUUGUUUAACAGGGUUCUCUGCAAUUGAUUGUAUCUUUUAUUAUAACUACGGCGUACAAAAAUAUUGAUGACUUUUUAUCGUCGACUUCUCAACACAUCCUUCUGUGCCUUUAUUAACUAAUCGCAUUUUUGGUUUUUUGCAUGUUAGGUCUUCGAAGUAAAUACAUCCUCCUGUCGCUCUCGAAAGGACGUUUUGUCGCAGUGUUCGGCUCUCAUAGGUUCGCAGCAGGUUUCUAAAGAAUCCCUCUCCACAUCCUUUAGUUCUUUUGAAAUGGCCAAAGGUGUGUGCCCUUGCGUGUGCUCUUAAUUCAUAUGCAUGCUUCAAAAUAGCCGGACUUAAAUUCUUUCGAUUACGCUUUUCCUUCUAAAGAACAUUUGCAAAAAGCUGAAGAGAGAAGAAGGUCGCGCCCAAAAUCAUCUCGCCGUUCUAUUGCAAAUUUUUUUAAACCCUUGGCAAGAAAGUCGUCUUCCGCAUCAUCCACCGUCUCUGGACGGGCUGACAGCAGGAAGUGUGCUGCUCCGAUACCCUGUUAGUUUCAAAGCCUUGUUUUUUGCGUCUGUGGAUUAAGUAGUGCAUUUAAACCAGAUACACUGGCCGUAUUUAUUUACAGCAUGACAGUGUCUAGAUAAUAUGAAUCCUAGAAACUUUGUCGUUAGCACGUGUAACAUUCUUUUGAUUUCCUGUUUGUUCCACAUUUUAGCUAAUGAAGGCCUCACGUUAACUAACAAAUCUCUUGUCCUGUUUGACGAGGUAAGCUUAUAUUUGCUCCCGAAUUUCCAAACUGUUUUUCAACACCUCGAAUUUUAUGCAGUUUAGUUAUAUAUUCUUUCAUCCUUUUCCGGAGUCAGGAGCCUCACAUCAAGGAAUACCACACUCAUUUGUUCCGCCAUAUUGCUGCAGUUUUUUGUUACUUUUUAGGGCGAAAAUUAAGUUUUUUACUGCUUGCGUCUUGUUUUCCGAGGUUGACGUGUUGUUUGAGUCUGACCGCGGAUUUUGGAGCGCUGUGGGAAGCCUUCUACGGGUGGGUCGACGACCGAUCCUCAUGACUGCCUCCGAUCCCUCCGUUGUCAACACUAUUCCCAUUCCUUUUCGCAUUUGCAAUCUUCGACCCUUUAAGAUGGUAUGUUCAUCCUCUCAUAUCUGCACCACUUCUAGUGCCGGUGAAUGUGGUGGCACUUUGCCUUUCUAAGAAAUAUCGCCGGAAAAGCCAAGCGAUAUUGGAAUGAUGCUUUUCGACUUCUUUGUCCUUAUUAGUCGGGGACGCCUCAGCCUCGGAUCAGGAAGACUUAGGAUUUGGGCCUGUACGAUGUUGGUAAUUGGACAUAGCACCAUUUGUUGAGUCACGAGCUGGUGUCGUUGCGACUGCCGUCAGGGAUAUUAGAAGUCGCGGUAAAGUGACGUUGGACGUAUCUGAGUGUCAAAGGUGUAAGAGUGUUCAGUUUUGCAAUUCUGACCUAAAACCAAUGCAGGAGAUCGCCUAGCGACGAGCAAUCUUUGAUCAAGACUUAUCAACAAGACAAGAGGGGCUGGAAUGUCCCGUUCUGGCCUAUUUACUCUCACCACCCAACCAUACCUCAACCAUGUGGAUCCGGGUGCCAACUAGUCUCUUUCCUGUCAAGCGUCUUUCCAGAAACCUGCAGUUCGAGGCAACCUGCAAAGGUAUAGUCGCACCUUUACGAGGAGCUGAAUGAAGUCAGCUCUCAUCCAGUCGCAGGCCAGAUCGUUCACGUCGUUUAUUUAAGAUGCAGUUAAUCAGGAUACUUGCACUUGUUGUGGUUCGGGUCUUGCUCGAUUCAUUUGGCUCCAAUGAUACUUUAUACGACACCAUGCACUGCAGUCCACUACAACGGAUCCGAUGGGCACGAUCACUGUGUUUUACCUCUUCAGAGACUCUACCAUCAGACAGUUUCGAUGGCAAGUUCUGUUGCUCACUGUCCAUGAGGCUUCGAUCGUGGUUAUUUUGACACCUCGUCGUAUUGCACCUCUUAAAGGUGUUCAGAAGGGUGGCCGGAUCCUAAUCAUCAUGUACAAUUUUAUCCUUCCAUACUUGUUCGACUACCUCGCGUAGCCUAGGAGCCAGUUUUCUGACAAGACACGCUUCAGCGAUCAUUUCCCCGAUCCUGUUUGUAUCGUUGCGCACUCUCAUUAUUAGUUCCUUUCUCCAUUUGGAGGGAUGUCAUGCAACAUUUUGCUGUUUGGAGAAAGACUAAAUUCCACUCCAGGAGAGAAAGCGAUGUUCUGACUAUUGUCGUCAAAGAAGAGACGGCGCUCACAGUGUUCCUACCAGCUCUCCGAGCUUUCCGUAAUGGGGCUGCCACUCACUCGUUGAGCAGUCAAUUGAUGCAGCUCUGUCAGUGAGCUGCCUGACAAAUUGAUAAGGUUUUCGAGUAUCGUCAGCUUUACAAACGGGUUCCACAAAGGCUGUUGCCUUUGUCUGGAAUUUUUUCCAGCCUUCUCUAACCGAUUUUGCCGUCAUUCUAGGCAAUUGGUGGCAAGAGUGAUUUUUACAGGAUUUAUGUCGAGUUGUCAGAGGAAAAUACUUCAGGAUCGUUGAGUUGCUGAGUCAAUACGGCGUUGUUGAUUGAGUCAGAUGACGCUUAUAUUUGCCUCGCAGGCCUUACUGGCUGCUCCCCUCUUCUACCCCAGCCUAAAGGUGAAACCAACUAUAUGGAUGCCACUUCCGUGUGACGGAUAGAACGUCGACUUAUCUGUCACUACCGGAGCGUUAGACCCUAAGCUUAGUGAAUAGGAUUCGAAUACCAUAUCAUCCAUUACUAGGGUUGAACUAUGGUUAGUUAACGGUCAUACCCGAGACGUGGCCAUAGUUGGCCACCUUUGUUGUUAAAUCUUGCGCCUAGUCUUCGCAAUUGCGAAUUUUUGGCCAACCGUAGAUUUGUCAGAAGCUAGCGUCUUUGCCAGCUCCGAAAGCUAGUUUUCCAUACUUUUUGUAAGACAUACAAUCAAGCCAACUCAAAUCAACUCGCGCAAAAUGUUGAACCCUCCUCCCCCCAUCUGUUUUUUUGACGAAAUGACUUACAUCUUGCAUCUGAACAUUUCAUGUUAGACUGCAGUUGAAGCAUUCCUCCGACAAAUCUGCGAUCGGGAGACGUGUUUGAUCAGCCCUGUUCUUCCAGACCUCCUAAGCAACCUUCACUCGGGGAGCUCGGAGGCUAUUCUCAAAAAGUCCGAUUCUCAGACCCUAGAUGCUCGUCUACUAGCCUCAACUGACUACUUCUACGACAUACGGAGGGCCCUCAAUGAAACUCACUUCUACGCCUCGAGCACAGCAUUCUCUUCCACUGUUGACUACGUACACGUUAGUUUUCUUCCCUACUGUCAUUUAUUUUUCCUGAUGUUAAUCAUUCCCACUCUGCUACUGGUUGUCUAUAUUUUUGCUCACUUUAGUGUUUUGGGUUCAGUUUUUUUCGCGUUGUCUCACCAGCCGAGUUUGGUGGCAUCCUUAUGAGCUGUUUUAGCCAGGUGCUCUGCUUCCUCUGGUGAAGCAUUAGUACAGUUACAUAAAAGUACAGGAACUGUAACCUGCAAGUUUCACUUUCGAUACUGCUAUCGAAACAUUGAAGGGAAUUUUCCACUUCUUCAGAUUUUUUAGUCGUGUUCUUUCUUUUUCUAGUCCACGAACGACAGAGAUAAAGACCUCCUCAACUCUUUCAUCGAGCGCUUCCCGUGUCUUAUGAGUCUCACGGUUCCCUCCGUGCGCUCUUCGCCUCAAGAGGCCAAUUUACUGCCAAAAGUCAGUAGUCAAGCCGACGUGUUUGAGGGCAUAUUCGACUCGGACGCGGAUUUUGCAGAAUCCCCCAAAAGGUCCUCCACAGAGAGACUAGCAAACCGGUCAUCAGCGAAAACCGUAAGUUGACGUCUGACAAUUCAUACACCAAGGUACCUCGUAGACCUGUCGGCUUUAUGCAUUUGUCUCCUAGAUCGAGGAGCCUUUGCCUGUGGACUUUGUCCACUUGCCUGUCAAACAGUGCAGACAACUUGCAUCUGACUGUCUGGCAUGUCUCGCCAGCGCAUGCGAUAUGCAGUCCCUGAUUGAUGUAUCGCACGCCUCUUCUUUGCGUCGGCAGCAUUCGGCAGCUGCUAAAAUCGCUGAUGAGCUUUUUCAACGAUCUCAAAUUUUAUCAAGGGAGGUGCAGACGAGUGGCCUGUCAACUGCUGCCUUUGCUUCCGUCUCACAUCUCUCCGCCGGUCCCUACGCUACAACUUGUACUUCCUUCGCGAGCCGUCUCUCCUGCCUUGGCGACUCCUGCGAAACCUUAACUGGUGUCGACCCGAUUGGUGAAGGGUCUGCGUUCCGCGGCGAAAGGACCUGGCGAGGCUUAACUUCUCUCGUCCUUGGUAAAAAGAUGGAAUAUUUGAACUCUGUUCAGCUACCUGUUCAGCCUCCCAGCUCACCACUACCAAAUUUGUCUGGCUACUACAAAGGAGGAUGCGUCCAACCGGAUCUCACGUAUGUCUUGCCUUUGCCUUUAUGCAUGGUUAUCAGUCAUAUCCCCAAUUGCGGCACAAUAUUCCGCACCCUUCCGUUUUCGUUGGGAUCGGAAAUAUUCUCAUGGAAUUUUCUAAUCUUUGUCGGCUGAUAGAGGCGGAACUUCUUCAUUGUUCGCUGUGUAUGACUUUGCGUCUUGCACGAGUCACUGGUAAAGUGGAGUGUCGUGUUGCACCAUCUAUCCUUCGCACUAAGUUCCAUCGAUUUGCGUGUUUACAGAUGUGGGGAAGGCUUACUAGUACUGCCCGAAAGCUCUGUGUUCGCGCACCUGAUGGCUUUUGGUCACAGCCUUUCUUAGCUUUAAAAUGCGUAGGAGAAGCAAGAAUCGGUGGAGCUUUAAAAUGCGUAGGCGAAGCAAGAAUCGGUGGAGUCGGUGUUAAAAAUACAAAUUUGGCCCUGGUUGUCAGAUAAGCGUUGAUUAAUUUUGAUACAAUUUUAACCUUGAUAACUUUGGCUGCGCCUCUAUGUUACUCAUGCGAAACGGCCAUUCUUUUAAUCGGCAUUUCAGCACGCAUUAUUAACUCGUCUUCCCUUAACGUUAUUCGUUUGUUUUACAAGCCGUUUUCGAUUCGCCUUAAUCAUCCACUUUUGGAUCAGCCUUCGUUUCUUAGUCCGAAUUUUACGAGAAUCUACCUGGAGUUAGUAACCAAUUGAUUCUGGAAUUUCCACGCACGUUAGAUGGGGACAUUGUUAUCUUUUUUUUAAUAUCCACUUUAUUUGGGCAUCCAUCCCCGUUUGAAUCUGGAACUCCACUGUUUUAUAUUUCGAAAAGUGCCUUGCACAUUGGAAAAGCCAUCUCCGUAUGAUGAAGCGACGCUCACUGAUCGAGUUACGGGACAUGCUCGUCUCGUUGUGUCUUGGGGCUCAAUCUCGAACCCUUGCAGGUAGCCACAUAACGACUAGUAACAUAUGCAUAUGAUAGAAUGCCGAUAAAUACGAGGGAGGCCGGAAUGGCAAUUUCUGGCUUACUAGCCGUCACCGACCAGUUAUACCCAACCCCAAAGUGUAGAACACCUGGGGCUCGAACUCGCGACCUGUCAAAUAGAAGUCCAACACCUCUAACCACUGAGCCACGGCCUAUCUCAUGCGCUGCUGUGCGGUUGAUGGUUGGGCCCAAGAGUGAGCCCAUAAGACACAACGGAACGAGUGAGUUCUGUAAGAACUAUCGGUGAGCUCCCCUCUACCACCUUUGACAGGGUCUGUGUUGUUCUUGUGCGCGAUGCGAUUUUCCUGCGAACCACCUUGGAUACGAACUGGAGAUCUUUGGCCUUUGAAUCGAACGUUCUACCAAUGAGCCACGGGCUUUUUGUCCCGUCGGUUGUGAUCAGGAAUAUUAACUAUGAUGAAGUGGCGCUCACUGAUCAAGUUACGGGACAUGCUCGCCCAUCAUAUCGGGUUGAUUAGUCUUUUUAAUGUCCAAUUGGAUAUAACGGUCUAAAUUAGGGCAAGGCUAAUAUAUGCAGACAAAAUGUGGUAGACAGCAGAAAAAUUACAGCCCUACAAAUGGCAGUCCCCUUCAUCCAGAAGAUCAAAGAAACGAAUUUGGUGAUUCUGCCACCGGACUCGGUCUACGUAGUUACUGGUCUAUAGGCUGCCAAGUGACGUUGACUUUGGUACAGGUGAAAGUGAAGACAAGAAGUCGAGAGAACAGUUGUUUGCUCCGAUUCCCAGUGUGAAAAAGGCGCACGAUAAAGUGAUCGAAUAGGUAAAUGCAAGUUGUCUAAAUGAAAUGGUGGUCCGUAAUGCCUCCAACGCUUUUUAGCGAUGGCACAACCGAAACCAGACACUCGAGAUCCAGGCGGUGGUGUUCUGGUCACUACCAGGCACCAACAUCGUACAACGACGCAGUCUCUUAGCACAUUGGUGGUUCGCCUCCUACCUGGCCGAACUGCGGGAAAUGUAGGCCUCACUUCAAGUGACGCCGGAUAGUCCAAAGAUCUGUUUGGUACACAGGGCUACAGAUAUUAAGUCAGCCCAACUAGGGCACUGGUGCCUCGAGAGUGCGCCAACACAUGAGGACGGACUGCAGAUCUCAUUUUUGAGUUGGUAGAGGGCCUUGGGAUUAAACAAAACAUCGUAGUGGGGAAACGAAGUGUCUAUCUCUGGCGAGUUUUUGCAGUUCGGCAGAAUUUUUUCCCAAUCUACUUCUGUUGAGAAUGUCAUGUUCACGGUCUUAAGUAAUUCUUAAAAUCACGUGCAAAACGGAGUUCUUGCAUAAAUAUGGCAUCUCCCCUUCUUCUGCAGAUAUUUUCUUCCACUUUAAACCAAUUCACCGACCCAGGUGAAUCAAAUAGGUUAGAUUUUUUACCAACCUUUUCUUCUACUCCCCAGGUGUGCUAAAACAACUGCUUCUCAUAGCCUCUCCUCUAUGGACCUCAUGCGACGCAACCCAAAUGUGACAUGGGCCCUUGGUCUGCGCGAAACCUCUCAGGAAUACCUGUCAAGUCUGCGCGCCAUUGCUCGGCUCGAGAGCGAUCGACGCUCUUUUUCAGCUCAGCGGCGGUAUGACCUCAUCUUUUCUACUGAGAUACUUACUAAAUUUUUGAUAACACUGGGGACAGGGAAGUGUUUUACGUAGGCAACUGGCGGGAUAUGGCGUCCGAAUGGCGGUCCGCGUGCACUGUCACGCCCGGUUAAUUUCUUUACGAAAGUGUGCUAGCUUUUAAAUGAAAAUCUCAUCAGUCGCUGCAGGUAGCAGUCAGCAAAAGACCAGUACUUAUGCAGUGUGCACCUCUUUCAAUUUAAUGUUGAUGACCCUGCAAACCCGACCAUGCUUCCUAGGCAAAGAUGCUCGCCUCGUGGGAAGGCUAGGUUUCCUUCCUGAAGUUUGGUGUCUGAAAGUGCACGGUGUAUUUGCACGAAAAUCCUUCUGACUCAUGACUUGCACAGGUUAUAGGGAGUGUUUUCAGCUGUAAGCUUGAAUGCGGCCGUACACGAAUAUAUAUUACCAUUUGUAGGCACAAAGUUGAUCUAUCUCAUGAAAUGUUAACCGAAAUUCUGGGAUUUAUUUUUGAUUACCUAUUUGAGGUUAUAAUAUCGAUCCUUGUGCAGCAUAGUCCCAAGUUGUUUGAGUCAGGACAAAAUCUUGGCAUUUGGAUGAGCUUUUUUCUGCCGCAUGCAAAAACUACACGAUAAAAAUGACUACUUAUGUAGUAUCGAUUUUCUCUACUGAUGGUUGAUGCCCUUAGAGAUUCCAGCAUAAUUUGUGCAACGCAUACACGAAAAUAUUCUUUCUUGUGCUCUCAUUUGGUAGCAGACUACUUCUUCAAAUUUCGCGCUUGAAGAAAAAGCACCUUUCGAUUUUAAAAAGUUUGCACUUGUGAGAUGUUCAAGACGGCGAAACGCCCGGUCAAGCAACAUCGUACGCGUACGUUUCUUAGGGCUGCUUAUGAGGUAUACAACAUGGUUCACACUCAUUGCAAAAUUUUAUGAGCCCCUUAUCACAUCUUCCUCAUAGCUUAGAGAAAUGCAUGACUUCCCCUACACAGAAAUUAUGCAGCAUGUUGUUUGGAAACCCUAAGAGCGAGUUUGGCUGCAGGUCGGGUUCAAAAUUUUUCGGCUUUUAAAAAGUUUUUACUACCUAGUGAUAUCCUAAAUGAGUACAAGAGGGAAUGUGUUCGCGCUUUCUGUCAAGUGUACAGUAGAUAGGCCAUCUCACGUGAUGUUACCCAAGAUUCUAAAAUUUUUAUUCAAGUAGAAAUGAAUUCCUUACGUAGGGUCGUAAGGCUAACCAUCCCGCAGCAUAAUCACGCCGUAUUUCAGUCAUGUCUUGAUACCCACUUUUGAGCGAGCCCCUUUUCAGCCUCCUGCCAAUACGAAUUUCAGCAAAAAGUGGCUACUAGGUAGUAUACAUUUUUCAUAUUGAUUUUCGGCACCCUUACAUGAUCGAAUACAUUGUACAGAAAACAUGCGCAAAAAUAUUCUUUCCUGUGCCCAGUCUGUAGUAACUUACGUCUUUGUCAAAUCGCAUACCUGGAAAAAUGAUAGUUUUCGCUUUUUAAGAAGUUUCUAAUUUGGAAAUGUUUUACGACCGUGAAAUAUCUACCCAUGAAGCAUCGUGUCCGUCUAUUGAUUAGUGCCGCUUGUAAAGUAUACAUAUACAAAUAUGCGAUCUUCCAUAGAAGAAAACUAUGCAGCUUGUAGCUUGGAAACCCUGAAUGUAAGUGCAACGGCAAGUCACGUUCGUUAUUGUUCGGGAAUUGAGAUCUUUGAAACCGAAAGAUACGCUUUCUUUGAGUAUAACAUUUGAAGAAGACGUAAUCUGCCACCAAAUAAGCACAAGGAAGAGUAUUUUUGCGCACGUUUUCUGUAAAACAUAUUUGAAUUUAUAAGGGCGUCGAAACUCACUGGAAAAAAAUUCAUACUGCUUGAGUAACUAUUUUUUGCCAAGAUUCGUACUAGCAGGCAGCCGGAAAGAGGCUCGCUCAAAAGCCAUCAUUCUGACAUGACUGAAAUAUCUUGUAAUUAUGCUGCGCGGUUGUUAGUCCUACGAUCCUACUUAAGUAAUCUUUUCUAAUCGAAGACAAAUUUCAGAAUCUCGGUCAACAUUUUAUGAGGUAGCACAUCUAUUGUGUUUGAGCUUAUCGAUCUUCGAAAAUCCAUGGGGAAAGUGCAUACGACGUAAGUAGUCAUUUUUUACAACGUGAUUUUUGAAGGCGGCCGGAAAGUAGCUCAGUGAAAUGCCGAUAUCAUGGUGUGACUGAAAUGUCUUUGAGCCAUGCUGCACGAGGAGCAGUAUUAGAAUCUCACCCAAGUAAUCCUUUAUCCAAAGCCACAUUUCAUGAGGCUAGCCAGUUACUAUAUACCUAAGUGCUUCUAUAAACACUUUACGGGUCUUCGUGUAAACGUAACAGGAUCUUCACCACGCAGACUGCCUGUUACCAUUUAGGCGCUUGGAAGUCCUCCAGAGCUUACCGUAUGUAUCCACGGGCACUGUUAUUUUCUGGGAUUUCCUCAAACUUCUUUAAGUAGCAAGGCCUUCUACUUGUUUUACAUCGCAUUCACUCAUCUUGCUGUCAAUCCACAGGAAUGCAAAAUUAAAGAUUAGUCAGUUUUGACACGGACGUUUUGUUUCGCCGUCUUCUGUUGCUGCGGAAUUAUCUGUCAGGAUUGCUUUCGUGUAUUCCGCUACGUUGCAUUUUCGUCAGGCCGUUUUUUUAAGAAAAGUCCUUGAUAUGUGCUUUUUUCAGAUUCUUCCACUACUUCGACAAGAUCGGCCUUCCUGAGGAACUGCGUGCCAACCUCUCAACUUAG